ACAACAUUUGAUUCAUGAAAACCUGUUUUCUCAGUCAAACAACAAACAAAACAAUGAAUUAAUUGCAGACAACACUUGAGUUUUCAUUUGAUUACUUAAUUUCAUAUAUUUUGAUACUAUUUUCAAAUUUAAUACUUAAUUCAAUCAAUAGUUUAGUUAUGAAGUAAUAAGUGUUUAUAUAAUUAAGUGAUUCAAUGUUUUUAUAACAUAUUGUCAUUGAUUUGAAUCAUUAGUUAAUAAUUAAUAAAUAAUUUAAUGUAUAGUUUGAGUGAUUAUUGAUAACCAGCGAUGAAUGGUUCCCGAAGUGGUCACCUCACGUCCACAUUUACAGUGUCGGACAAGAUGUGGCGCAAAGAAAUGUCGGCAAUCAUUCAGCGAUUGGAAAACGGGUUAGUUUUGGCCAAAUUUUUCAAUAAAGCAAAACCCGAGAGACGAAAGUUUGCCGUCAAACUCAAGACAAGACAACUUAUUUGGACGGAUCCACAGAAAUCUACAAUUGAAGGCAUCAUUGACUUACGCGAAGUUAAAGAGGUUAGGAUCGGACCAAUCAAUAAGAUAAUGGACAGAAUGCUAGAGGAAGACCCUCUCAAAGGUUAUCAGAAGCAACAGUGUCUGAGUGUACUCUAUGGUCAAACAUUCCGUCUGAAGACACUUUCGUGUGCCGCCAAGACAGCCUCUGAAUGUGAGCAAUGGGUUCACGGACUCCGCUUUCUGGCCACUGAUACACAACGCGCUACACAUUGGCUUCAAUUAGAGUUUUGGAUUACAAAAGAGUUUAGUCUUACGGAAAAAUCGGCAAUUACACUCAAAGAAGUGAAAGCAUUUCUUACUCGAAAUAACUAUAAAUUAGCGAAUAAUAAGCUCAAAGAGCACUUCCAAGAAGUGGAUAAAACGAGAUCAGGAGAGAUAGGUUACGACGGGUUUAUGCAAUUAUAUCAUAAUUUGAUUUAUGACAACAAAAUCUUUUGUGAAUACUUUGCCUCCUAUUCUAAUGAUCGCAAACUGAUCACUGCUCAAGAAUUGGCCGAAUUUAUUGCUAACGAACAAAAUGAUAUCAUUAAUAGUGAUCUCGAGAGUGUCCAAAAUCUAAUGAAUGAUUUUCUUAAUCAAAGUCGUGAUUUAAAAGAAGUUUAUUUUACUGUUAAACAGUUUAUAAAUUAUUUAUUUUCUAAACACAACGAGAUUUGGGACUCAAAACAUAAUGAUGUUAAUCAAGAUAUGGACCGACCAUUGACUCACUACUGGAUUGCUUCGUCUCAUAAUACAUACCUAACUGGAGAUCAAGUAAAGAGUGAAUCGUCUACUGAUGCUUACGCCCGAUGCCUGCGAAUGGGUUGUCGUUGUAUUGAACUUGAUUGUUGGGAUGGACCGGAUGGCAAACCACUUAUAUAUCACGGCCACACACUUACCACAAAAAUUAAAUUUUUUGACGUAAUUAAGACAAUCAAUGAACACGCUUUUACCACAUCUGACUUUCCGGUCAUUUUGUCCAUUGAAAAUCACUGCACUUUACCUCAACAAAGAUAUAUGGCUCAAGCGUUUAAAGACAUUUUUGGAGAUUUAUUACUAACUCAACCAAUUGAGAAGGAGGGGAUAGCGAUGCCUUCACCUAAUAAAUUGAAGAGAAAAUUCAUAAUAAAGCACAAAAAAUUACCGGAAGGUUCUGAUGAAAGAUUUAUACAAACAAAAUCCACUGAAGAUAUUAUCACUGAUAUGGAUAUCAGUAACUCUGUUAAGAAUGGAAUACUCUUUCUCGAGGAUUCAUUAGAGCGGGAAUGGAAACCUCACUUUUUUAUGUUAACCAAUGAUAAGAUGUAUUAUACAGAAAAUGAUCACAACUCAGAGGAAGACGACGACAUCGAGAAUGAGAGACAUAAUAACGUUAACCAAAGAGAUGGCACUUUAAUUGGUGCGGAAGAAUUACAUUUGGAUGAAAAAUGGUUUCACGGGAAACUGGCCGGAGGUCGCAAUCAAGCAGAAUCAUUAUUAAACCGAUAUUCACAUUUAGGUGACGGCACAUUUUUGGUCAGAGAUAGUGAUACGUUUGUCGGAGAUUAUUCACUUUCCUUUUGGCGAAAAGGAAAAGUAAAUCACUGCCGAAUCAAACAAAAACAGGAAAAAAGAGGAAUUAAAUAUCAUUUAAUAGAUUCGGUUACUUUCGAUACACUUUAUGCUCUAAUAACUCAUUAUCAAACACAUCCACUUAGAAGUCAAGAGUUUUCUAUAACAUUAACAGAACCGGUGCCUCAGCCCAACUCACAUGAAAGUAAAGAAUGGUAUCACCAGAAUAUGACCAGAGCUCAAGCUGAAGAUAUGCUCAAACGUCUUCGAUAUGACGGAGCUUUUUUGGUCAGACCGUCAGAAAAGGAAGAAAAUUCAUUUUCCAUAUCAUUUCGUGCCGAAAAUAAAAUAAAGCACUGCCGUAUCAAACAUGAGGGACGGCUUUACUUAAUAGGAAAUGCUCAAUACGAGAGUCUCGUUGAUUUAAUUAACUUCUAUGAAAAACAUCCACUUUAUCGAAAAGUUAAAUUAAAAUAUCCAACAAAUGAAGAGAUUGUACGACGAAUAGGUUCCGACCCGAUUGGUCCCGAAGGCAAUUAUAUGGACCCCAAUAACAGUCUUACAGUGACUGUUAAAGCACUGUAUGACUAUAGAGCUCAACGUGAGGAUGAGUUAUCAUUUUGUAAACACGCAAUCAUUACAAAUGUGAUAAAAUUGGAGGGCGGGGGGUGGUGGAAGGGGGACUAUGGCGGCAAAAAACAACACUGGCUUCCGGCUAAUCAUGUGGAAGAAGUCAACACACAUGAUAAUAUUGAAGACUUAUCAGAUGUAAGCAAACCGUUUGGUAAUUUACAAAAAGGAAGUAUUGAUAUCGUUGGCUGUACUGUCAUACCUAAGGGUACAUUUAGAGGAAGAGAUUAUGUAUUUUCUGUGGUUUCUCCGACACAAACGGCUAUAUUUCUUUCCACUCAAUGUGAAGAUGAGAUGAUUGAAUGGGUCACCAAAAUUAGAGAAACUUCUCAAAUGUUCAAUGAAAUGAUAAGACAUAAUCAAAAAAUUGAGAGAGACUGGAGAAUAGCACAAGAGUUGUCAAAUCUAAUCAUUUAUUGUCGAGCCGUUAGUUUUGACACCGAAAAAAUUGGAAAUUUUACUGAAAUGUCAUCAUUUCCUGAAUCCAAAGUCGAUAAAUGGUUGUCUCCAAUGAAUUGUCAAUUUCUUCUAAAGUAUAAUAAGACACAAUUCACUCGCGUUUAUCCAAAAGGCGGUAGAAUUGAUUCAUCUAAUUAUGACCCAAUGAAGAUGUGGUUAAUUGGCAUUCAAAUGGCAGCUCUUAACUAUCAAACACCUGACAGAGCCAUGCAAUUGAAUGGCGCUAUGUUUAGAUCUAAUGGUAAAUGUGGUUAUGUAUUAAAAAGUGAUAUAAUGUUUGACGACAACUUUAACUCAUAUGAUCGGUCGACAAUUAAAAAUAUACAACCAAUAACUUUGACUGUAAAAGUGAUAGCGGCCCGACAUCUCAUGAAAUCUGGCAGAGGUCUAGUAAGUCCUUUCGUUGAGGUGGAGAUCAUUGGCACUGAAUUUGAUGCCAACAAAUCUAAGACAAGCAGUAUUCCCGACAAUGGUUUUAAUCCGGUUUGGAACGAAACGAUCGUUUUUGACAUAAGUUGUAGUGAUUUGGCUUUUCUCCGACUGGUUGUCUACGAUGAAGACAUGUUCGGUGAUCCAAAUUUCUUAGGUCACGGAACCUUCCCUAUCAAUUGCAUCCGAACAGGAUAUAGAAGUGUUCCCUUAAUGAAUGAAUAUAGUGAAGAGCUUGAAUUGGCGUCGCUUUUGAUUCAUAUCAGUAUUAAAACAAUUCAGUCGGAGGAUCCCAUCUAUAGUUCUAUACAAGAGUUGAGAGACAGUUCCCGUAAUUUAAACCGAAUGAUAGUCAACGCCGAAAAAGUCGGCGAUUCCUCACAAGCGCAACAUUUUAGGGUACAAUUGGGACAAAUUGAAGAGCAGCUCAUCAACAUUAAUGAAGAAAGGUUAACAAUGAAGAACUCUAUAAAUGGUAGCCUUUAAAUGAAUCGCCGUUUUUUUAGUCGUAAAUCAAUCAACUAAUUGUUUAACUACUUAUUGUUUAAAUUAUUGAUUAAGUAAUUAAAAGAAAAUAACUUAUCGUUUAU